UCCCCUAUUUACCGCGGUGAUCAACAGGAAACCUACAGGGAAGUGCUGUCAUUCUUUCUUUUCUCAGUGAGCUCAGACAAAUCCUGGGUGUUGUUCGCUUUUUAAAUAUUUACAAAUGUAACAUAGAUGAAUUUAGACUAUCUUUAAAUUGCUUCCUAUGUGAACGUACAGGAACAUUUUCUCAGCUUCAAACAUUUUGGACUUCUUUUUCUUUUCUUUUUUCAUGCUGAGCGUUCUGUCAAGAAGACUUACCUUUUUGUGCCGGAUUUACGUCUAGAACCUUGCUUGUGGGUGUUUUUCUCCACCCCAAAGUCAGACAGUGUGCUGUUCUUGGUUGCAUCGUGGCAUGUCAGAGCUAAACAUCCUUUCAGCUUCUCAGGAGUCGUGCCUGGCGUGAUGAGUACUUGGAGAUAAAAAAAAAAGAUUUUUUUUUUCAUUUUAUUUUUGUAGGGUUUUAUUUUCAUUUAAUUUUAGACAGUGGCAAACUUGGAACCAUGAGUUUCAACAAUAUUCCUUCCAAAAUGGAGGUCAUGAACUGGGAUCCUGCUCAUUUAGCUGACUUUCUAAGGAGGCGGGAGCUGACAGGCUGUGAUAAAGUAAUUAUGAAAUGCAAUAUGAAUGGACAGAGAUUUCUGAACAUGACAGAAAACGACCUUCAGAAAUUUCCUAAUCUUUACUCCCCAAUUAUCUCCAAAAUCUGUCGAGAAAUCAACAAGAAAGAGGAGAAGAGAAGUAUUUUCCCCAAAAGGAAUCCUGCACCAAAGUUCCAAGAAACAGUGGAAGUUGGUCAUGAUGAACAGGGUUGGGAUUCCGAAGAGUUUGAAAGUGAUGACUACGAGAGCCCGGAUUCGCACGAUGAAGGGGGAGGCAGUGGAGAUUAUGAGUCAGCAACUGAAGCAGGUGGGGAGAGCGACAAUGAUUAUGAGCCACCCCCAAGUGAACCCUCUGAUGACCUGCAGCAUCCCCACAUCCGUCCAUCAAAACCCAUUGGCAACAGCGAGUACAUUGACCGACCUGGUACUUCAGUAAAAAGCCAGCCACCAGUUCCUCCUGCACGUCCCGGACCCGGUCCUCCACUCCCAACCACAGGACGCCCCAGUAUUCCUGGUGGGUUCAAGAGGACAGAUCACUCACCUCAGAGACCUCAAAAACCACCACCUCCUGAUCGCAGUAAAAAGCCAAGUACUCUGGAAAGAGGCUCUAACCUUAUGCCAGUUCAAGGGGAAAAUUUCACAAGCGAGAGGAACGCCCCGCUGCCAAAAAGGCCGGGGGGUGUAGACAAGUUUCCAGAUCCUCAGAGAAUGCCCAAACCUCCAGUUCCUGGACUAGGUGGCACCGGGGUGCGGAGGGCUGUUUCUUCUGUCACCCCAGGUCACUCUUAUAACAGCAGACAUGCACCAAAUCCCAGGCUUGAGUUCCACGAUGACAGUGUCAGACCAAGCUCCAACACCUUUCCUCUGCACUCCAGGAACCCUUCACCCAGACCGCCACUGCAUGGGCAUGGCGGUCAACCCGAGAGUAUACCACACUCUGGAUCCUUGCCAUUAAGACUGCAGGAGGCAAUGAACAGCAACAGAGGCAGUUCAAGAGGCCUACCGCAACAACCAAUGAGGCCCCCUGACCCAGAAAUAUUCGAUGAGCAGGGCAUGGAUUCUGCCUGGUACGUGGGGCAGGUUUCACGCGCUCAGGCAGAGGGCAAUCUCAGACACGUAAACCGGGAUGGAGCGUUCUUAGUACGGGACAGCUCUAAAGGCUCAGCCGCCCAGCCUUACACACUCAUGGUCCUUUUCCAGGGCAAAGUCUUCAACAUCCAGAUCCGCAAAGAGCAGCACGGCUACAUACUGGGCACUGGCCUCAAGUCUAGUGAGAGAUUUACAACCGUCGGUGAUAUAAUCAGACAACACACACAGAUGCCCCUACUGUUGAUCGAUGCCAAGAAUCGGGGAUCAGGCCAACAGAACCAGUGUGCUCUGACUCACCCGGCUGGAUUUUGAUCCUCUACCCUUCAACAACAACACAGCCACAACAACAACACAGCCCCAACACUUUGGGGACAGUGCAGAGGUGCAGAACUUCACAUCAGACCUGACUGAAAGAAAAAGAACAAAAGCAUCCUUUUUUAACUCCACUUGCAGAGCAGCAAACACACCUCCAGAAGGAUUAAAGAGGAAUAGAAAUAUUUUUUCUUUUUUUUAACGUUGUAUGUUUUAUGGAUGUAGUCUUGGCAGCACGCUGAGAUUAUGGACUCUUGAUUGUUAAUGUUGUGAGUUGGGGACGUUGGUCUGUGCUGCUCUUUACAGCUUUAUGAACAGUGGCAAAGCAAUGAGUAGCUGGAGGCCACUGCUGACAUCCUAACCAGGACAAAUUACCAAGUAAAUACUGUAUCAUUGUGAGUUAUCGUGAUGACUUUUAAACAUUUGUAUCAUCAGUAUCUAAAGAACACUGAGCUAACUGCAUAUUUCAUUACAGAGAGUAUCAAAAAUCAUGAUGAAAAAUGAGAUUUGAAUAGCAGUUUUAAAGAAUCUGACAAGUUUUGGCUGCAUUCUGUCUGCAUGUCAGAACAUUGCAAUAGUUAUCAUAAAGUAUCGUUAAGAUCUCUUUAAAUGUCAUGAUAUAAUAUUUUUACCAUAUCGCCCAACUCUAAGUUGCACCCAAAGGUUUGUACACCUCUCUUCAAAUGACAUGUUUUGUUGAUUUUGUAAACUAUAACAUUAAAAUGACCUGCCUAA